AUGCGUUAUUUCGCCGGAGCCUCCGCACUCAAUUUCUCUCCAUCUCUACUGCUUCAGUGCAGUAUCCGCCGCCGUAAACUCGAAGCUAUUGGCCGGAGAUUGGUUAUGACUUCCGUGAACUCGCAAUCUCGGUCGAGAGAAUCCGGCGGAUGUGACGACGGCAUCAUCACGGUAGAGGAGUGGCGGAGAUGGGGACCGGUGUCUCCAUUUCCAUCCGCGGUCAAACAGAUUGUGGAUGAUUUGAAGGUUCUCGAGUGUAAAUUGGAUGCACAGAUAGAGUUCGGAGGAAAUGGUGGCAAGUUACAGGGAACUUUUGGUGAUUAUGAAGAUAAGAAACAUAGGGCUACAUAUGAAGCAUUAGAUGACCCAGAGAAAAAGUUCCGCUUUUUCGCUGCUCGACAAAUUGCUUGUCGGCUGCUUGGGAGCAGGGGUUAUUUAUGCCAGAAGUGUUGGCUUGCUAUGGAGGAUUGCAUGUGUUCGAAUGUCAAGCCAUGUGGUCUAUGGAAAAGGAUACGUUUUUGGCUGUAUAUGCAUCCUAGGGAUUUUCUACGCCAGAACAACACAGGGAAGUUAUUGUGGCAAAUAUUUGGCCCCCAAUCCGCAACACUCUGCAUCUUUGGAAUAGCUGAAGACGAAGAGAUCAUGUGGAAUGAAUUUGAGCGUGCAGGAAAAAGCCAAGUCUGUUGCCUCUAUCCCAACCAGAACUCGGAACUCACGUUGUCGGUUGAAAACGCUUUUGCGAAUUCAACUUCAAAGAAUCCUGGAUCAUCCAUGUCAGAUGAGGAUAAAACAUUGCAUUUCAUUUUGCUUGAUGGCACCUGGAACAAUUCAGCUGCAAUGCUCAAGCGUCUGAAGGAUCAUGCAAAGUCAGUAUGGGGAGACGAAGAUCUUCCUUGCAUAUCUCUUGCAACAGGUGCAUCAGCAAUGCACAAACUCCGGCCACAACCAUCAUGGGACCGGACUUGCACGGCAGCUGCAGCAAUUGGACUCCUAUCUGAGCUGAGCCUUCUCCCACAGUUUAGCAGCUACGGGUUAGACAAACAAGCGGACGCAAUCGACGAAGCUUUGGUCAUACUACUGGACUCACUAACCGGACGGCGCUUAAGAAUGGGCAGGUCCAUAACUCGAAAAGUGAGAAACACCAUCAGCAUUCGCUAACAACACAACCAGUCGGGACACAUAAUAGGUACUCUUUAAAACUAUCGAAUCGUUGAUGGAUCAUGAAGCAGAGAGAUAGAUUUCUUGGUGAGAUUUUAAUUACAUCAGAUACAAAGAUCAUCAUGCCUAGGGUCAAGGGAGUUCUGAUGGUUGACGCAAACACAGAAAGUUUUGUUCCCUAACCUUUUGAACCGGUUUCUGUAAUUGGAAUUUUAUAUAAUGUAGCCUCGCAAGUUUUAGACUACAAACUUAAGUGUAAGAGUGGUUACAGCCAAAACCCACAUAAGUUAGGACAACACCUCACUUCAAAUUUCAAAACAAACAUUUUGCU